AUUAUUUGUACCUAGAUAUUCAACUCCAGUCCGAACUUACUGUUUCCGGCUAUAAUAACCUUGAGAAAUGGCUCUACGAAUUCUUGUUGGUUGCAAACGGGUUAUUGAUUAUGCCGUUAAGGUUAGGGUAAAGCCGGAUAAGAGCGGUGUUGUUACCGAAGGUGUUAAGCAUUCUAUGAACCCUUUCGAUGAAAUCGGAAUUGAAGAAGCUGUACGCAUGAAAGAAAAAAAGUUGGCAUCAGAAAUUAUUGUUGUCUCAUGUGGACCACAACAAUGUCAAGAAACGAUCCGAACCGCCCUUGCCAUGGGAGCUGACAAAGGAAUCCAUAUUGAUAUCCCGGCUGCUGAUUUGAGCAAAGUUGAACCUUAUCACAUUUCGAAAAUAUUUGCCAAGCUUGCAACUGAAAAUAAAGCUGAUGUAGUUAUUGUUGGUAAACAAGCUAUCGACGGUGACAACAACCAAACUGGACAAAUGAUUGCCGCUAACUUGGAUUGGCCACAGGCAACUUUCGCUAGCAAAAUUGAAAAAGACGGCGAUGGCCUUAAAGUAACUAGAGAAAUUGACGGAGGCUUAGAAACAAUUAAUUUAAAACUGCCAACCGUUAUAACAACUGACUUGAGGUUGAACGAACCCAGAUAUGCUACACUUCCUAAUAUUAUGAAAGCCAAGAAGAAACCUAUUGAAAAGAAAACAGCAGCAGACUUAGGAGUGGACCUUACACCAAAGCAACAAGUGAUUAGCGUAGAGGAUCCGCCGGUUAGGGAAGCUGGUCAAAAGGUGGAAGACGUUUCACAAUUAAUCGAAAAAUUAAAAGGAGCUGGAGUUGUAUAG